AUGACAGCCUCCCAGGAAGAAGCCGUAGCUUACAAGAAUGAAGGAAACAAGGCUUUCUCUGCGCAUGACUGGGCGAAAGCUAUAGAGAAUUACACGAAAGCCAUUGAGCUGGACAAUAAGCAGGCAGCAUAUUAUGCCAAUAGAGCUCAGGCAAAUAUCAAAUCAGAAGCGUAUGGCUAUGCCAUUGACGAUGCAACAAAGGCAAUCGAGAUUGAUCCAAAUUUUAUUAAGGCAUAUUAUAGAAGAGCACUUGCGUAUACCGCCAUUCUAAGGCCAAAAGAUGCACUUAAAGAUUUUAGAGCUGUUGUAAAAAAAGUACCUAGCGAUAAAGAUGCCAAGUUAAAGCUGGCAGAAUGUGAAAAAAUAGUCAGAAGGGUAGCUUUUCUUGCGGCAAUUGAGGUCGGUGAUGAGCCGUCAGCAGCUGAGGGGCUAGAUUUAGACUCUAUGAAAAUCGAAGAUGAAUAUGAUGGAAUUAGACUUGAAAACGAGAUGACGGCAGAAUUUAUCACCAACAUGAUCGAUCGAUUUAAAAAUGGAAAGAAACUUCAUAAAAAAUAUGUCUAUCAAAUUAUUUUGGCAGUAAAAGAAAUCCUAAGUGCUGAACCAACGCUAGUUGAAAUGGAAAUUCCAGACAAUAUUCAGCUUACAAUCUGUGGGGACACGCAUGGCCAGUUUUUCGACCUGAUGGAGCUCUUUAGACUUAAUGGACUCCCCACCGAAAAACACUUUUACCUAUUUAAUGGAGAUUUUGUAGAUCGUGGCUCUUGGUCAACCGAAAUCGCCCUUUUGUUAUAUGCAUAUAAGUGGUUGCGCCCAAGCUGUUUUUUCAUCAACCGUGGCAACCACGAGACAGACGACUUAAAUCGGCUAUACGGAUUCGAGGGCGAGUGCAAAGCUAAAUAUAAUGAACGCACCUUUAGACUUUUUUCCGAAAGUUUCUCGGCAUUACCAUUAGCUACUCUAGUUGGUUCGAAGUAUUUGGUACUUCAUGGUGGCCUUUUCUCGGAUGAUAAAGUUACACUUGACGAUAUUCGAAAGCUUAAUAGGUUAAAUCAGAGACAGCCAGCACAAUCAGGAUUAAUGAUGGAAAUGCUGUGGACAGAUCCUCAGAAUGAUCCAGGGCGAGGGCCGAGCAAGAGAGGUAUUGGUAUGCAAUUUGGCCCAGAUGUGACCAAGAGGUUCUGCGAAAAUAAUGGAUUGGAUGCUAUCAUUCGUAGUCACGAAGUAAGAAUGGAAGGCUAUGAGGCGCAACAUGAUGGAAAAUGCAUUACAGUUUUCUCUGCGCCCAAGUACUGCGAUACUACUGAAAAUAAAGGCGCUUACAUUAAUGUUGGGUCCGAUUACCAACUUCAUUUCCACAAGUUCGAUGCAGUUCCACACCCUAAUAUUAAAGCUAUGGCCUACGCAUCAGGCCCUAUGAUGAUGGGUUAG